AACAAUAAACUUUGUGCUGCUGUUCAGAGAGGAGGAAAUGCUGAAGCCGCUAUAACAUGCUGAGCCAUGACCAGAAAAAUGAGCAUUUUAACCUCUAAAGAACUGAGUGGAACAUCAGCAAGCAACAGAUAGAACCAGUAUGGAAUGAAUAUGCAGCAGCACUUCUGGUUGUUCUCAACUGUCAAGCUGACAGUAACAAAGUGCCUUCAGUUAUGGCCAGCCUGGAAAGAAAUAAUAAAAUUUUACUUGAUUUGUUGCAGCAGGCUGGAAAUAACAUGUGCGCUGACUGUGGAGCUCCGGAUCCUGACUGGGCCUCCUACACUCUCGGUAUCUUUGUGUGUCUGAACUGUUCGGGGAUGCAUCGUAACUUGCCUGCUGUUAGCAGAGUGAAAUCCAUACAUCUAGAUUUCUGGGAAGAUUCACAAGUAGAGUUCAUGAAGCAGAGAGGAAACACUGCAGUAAAAACUGAGUACGAGAAGUGUGUCCCUGCAUUCAUCUACCGGCCGCAGCAAGAUGACUGUAUUGUUCUUAAGGAUCAAUGGAUCCAUGCUAAGUAUGAAAGAAGAGAAUUCACAGGAGAAAACUCGUACUUCAAACAAGAUUAUACCUCAGACACAUUUGAGUCAACGCUGUGGAAGAAGGGCAAAGACAAUAAGCAGUUCCUGAAGAGGACCUUCGUGCUGUCCAAGAAAGACUUCACUCUCAAAUACUACGUUAAAGAUUCCAAGGUUCCCAAAGCUGUCGUUUCCAUGAAGGACCUGAAUGCAGUUUUCCAGCCUGAUAAGAUUGGACAUGCCCACGGGCUGCAGAUCUCCUACCUGCAGGAGGAACGCACAAGGAAUCUGUUUGUUUACCAUGAGAAUGGGCAGGUAAUUGUUUCCUGGUUCAAUGCCAUUCGGGCCACACGCUUGGCGUAUCUCCAGAGGAAGCAUCCAUCUCUUCGAGAAAACGAUUUAAUUCCUCAGUUAACAAGACGAUGCCUGAAGGAGGGAUACAUGGAGAAAACUGGGCCAACGCAAAGGGAACCCUUCAAGAAGAGGUGGUUCACACUGUGCUCCAUAAACAGAAAACUUCUGUAUUUUAAAACUCCCUUGGAUGCAACAGAGUUGGGCGCUGUCUUCAUUGGCACUGAGGACCACAGCUACUCUGUGAUAGAGACCAGCAGCAAAAAUGCGAGAGGGGGCCGGUGGCACUGUGGCAUCACACUGCAGACGCCAGGAAGGCAGUUUGUAUUUAUGUGCGAGCUCAAACAGGAGCAGCAGGAGUGGCUGGAGGCACUCAGACAGGUCAUCGGUCAACCCAUGACUCCGGAGGACUACGCUAAUGAAGCCAACUGGAGACGAGGGAAAUGAACAGUUCUGCCCUUUUCGGGACAGACCAGACCAGAUCAAAUGAUUAACUCCUAGGGGAUACUUCUGUACCUGUCAGUGAAAUAUAAAAUGGACACUGACUGCCCCAAACCAUCUGUUAAAUUAACCACAGUCUUUGCACAGAUGUGGGACAAAGUUGUUCUCACAGGUGACAAUGGUGCACAGGAACCUUAAUGUCCAACUGUAUUAUACAUUUAAAUUUAAGUUUGUUUGUUUUUGGUUUUGGUUUUUGUAAUAUUUUUGUGUGUUACUUAAUUUGCACAGAAUGUAUUUGUAUAUUUGCAUUUCCCUGAUGAACUGUUGUAUCCUUUUCUUCUCAAAUAACCCACUUUAAUUUCUGCUGUCUGUAUAGUUCUGUUAAACUUCAUUUACAUUAUUUUACUAAAUUAAAAUCACAAUUGUCUGUUGUGAUCCUGAGGAAUCAAUGGAUACUGUAAGGUUGAGUGAGAAUUUGGAGACUCUUAGUUUGUGAUUGUACUGGAUCAAGAUUACAAUCCAGGCUUUUCAAUUACUUUCUGAACUUGGCCAUCAGAUGUGCAUCUGUAUGUGGCGAGAAGUGUAGAAAUUGUUGAGACAUCCACUUAUUUUGGCACUGACAAUCAUUUCUUUGAGAUCAGGAAACGCCUGA